CCUACAUAAAAAAAUAAUCCUGGUAUCAUUUGCUUAUAAGAAACCUACAAAAGAAAAACGAGCGAGUGAUUUGUACUGCCCCCUAAAGGUGGGAUUUGAUAUAAUUUGCCUGGAUCCUCAAAAGCUAGGGGUGUGGCUUUAUGGAUUGCCAAGAAAACAGGCAUUGUAUAUAAUGAUGUUCCAAUAGAUCAGAAGGGGUUUUUUGUGUGUGUUUUUGAAACAAGAAGAAGAAGAAGAAGAAGAAACUAUAGAGAAACAAAAAUUAUACAAUUGGUUCAGUCUAUGCCCCUCACUCCACUCAACCUAUUUUAUCAGCUCUACUGUUUCAAUUAUCAAAUUUUAAAGAGGGUCCAUUAAUUUUAGGGGGAAUUUUAACAUGACUUAAUAAUCAAUUCGAUAGGACAUUCAUAAACCCUAAUAAAUUAACACCAGUUUUUCUCAACUAAUAAAUAAAUGAACUUUAAUCCUUGCCGAGUCCUUUAUACCUAAUAAACACAAUUACACUUACUUUUCAAAAAGCUUUUUCGCUUAUUCCAGAAUAGUUCAUAUUUUGAUUUCAUUUGAAUUUAUUCCCUCUGUUAAAUUGGCCUUGAUUACCAAUAUUAUCAUCUCUGACCAUAGCCCCAUAACUCUUAUGUUCUGCUUUGCAAAGCCUGUAAGACUUUACUUGGAAAAUAAAUCCAAGAUUACUCCAGAACCUCAGACUUAACUGUAAAUAUAGCUCCAGUUAUUACCGAAUGCCUUCAGAACAAUUAUAGUGAAUUUCAUACUCCUGAUGUUGUGUGAGACACAUCCAAAAUUGUGAUAGGAGGAAAUGGCUAAUUGAAAUCUCUGAAAUCUACCCCCUCCAAAAAGAGAGAAAAAAAUUAUUAAAAUCUAUAUAUUAUGUGGGAGCUCAGCACAGAAUGACUAGUAUUUAACAUUUACAUAGAACAGGGUUGGACUUUGGUCAUCUUUCAUAAAUAAAUAAGUAAUUUAGCCAGUGCAGUGGGAAUUCUAAGCAGAAAAGUAAAUGCUCCCACUGAAUAUGACUGGGUAGGUGUGAAAAGGGUGGUUUGGUACUCAUGGGUACAAUAAACUAAAUUAAGAUUACCAGCUGUUAGUAAUCCUAGAAUGACUGGUUUUACGAAUGCAGAUUGGGCUGCGAUGUACAACUGAUUAUAAAUCCACAGGUGGAUAUGUAUUUAUGUUUGGAAACGGUCCCAUUUCAUGGGGGGCAGUUAUAAACAGAGUUGUAUAGCUUUAUCUUCCACAGAGUCUGAACACAUUGCGGCCACAGAAGUGUGCAGAGAGAUGGCCCGGCUCAGACUUUGGGGUGGUGAGAAAGGGGCCUGUUAGUCCAAUGGAGUUGCCUAAAGCUGUCCCAGAGCGAGAAAUUCCAGGCAAGGACAAAGCGCAUCGAGGUGAAGUAUGUGUGUGAGGCCAUCCACGAGGGACUUGUGGAACUGUCUUAUUGCCACGUCAAGGAGAUGACUGCGGGCUUCCUGACAAAGCCCCUACCAAAGGAGAGUUUCCAGAACCUUCGUGUCAAGCUGGGACUCUGGGUUGUUGAAUAAAAUUUAUGUAUAUAAAUGUAUGUUGCUGUUAUGUACUGAAUUGAAUAGGAUCCAAACUGCAGCAGUCUGAUUGGUCCUAGAACAAUAGGAUCCAAAAUGCAGCAGUCUGAUUGGUCCUAGAACAAUAGGAUUCAGAAUGCAGCAGUCUGAUUGGUCCUAGAACAAUGCAGCAGUAUGAUUGGUCAGCAGGAGCCACCCAAUCCAGCUCCAGAUAGAAGUGAAUCCACAACCUGAUUGGCUUACAGGAGAAGUCCGGAAUUAGCCAAUCACGUGCAGCCCAUUGUGUAAAUAAUGUAUAUAAAGCAGAUACUUUGAGGGGACUUCCAUUCCUCCUCACCACUAUGAGCUGAAUAAAGAGCAUGAAAUCACUUUGCGACUCAAUUUCAGUUGCAUUGCCUGAGAAGGGGUAUGUGGGAUGUAUUACUAGAGCAGUCAAGUAUAACAUUUUCCUGUUGCCUAGAAUGGACACACGGGGAUGUGGCUCCAGACAGGGAGGACUUCCUGCCAUACCUGAUCUGGAACUUCCUCCCCCUGUGUGUGACCAGGUAGAUGGGCGUGACCCUAGCUGACCACAUAAAAGGGCUGGCCACGCAACCCCCAUUUCUCUCUUGGACUCUUACUCCCUUACUCUUGGAUUCUUGCUGUCCUGGCUUUUAGCCAGUGCAUGGCUCAAGCUUCACAUAGGAUGGAGCCCACAAGCAGAAAGUCUGAAAUGUAGCUCAGACUUCUUUUCAUUUUAACCGCAAGAUAAAUCCUGCCUUCAAAUUACUGCUGUGAACUGAAUGUGAGUAAAACACUAUUCUUACUUUUAAAGAAGACUGUGUUGUGCUAUUAUUAUUUUAAGAGGGAAAUAAAGGGGAAACUUACCAGGAACAAUCCAGACUCGACAAGUCAGACAGGAUUGUUUAAUUAAAGGAUUUUAACAAAUCAUCAGCUUGCUUCCAAUAAGCUGCAAAGGGAAUGUGCUCUGCUGUUUACUCACUAGCAUGAGUGAGAAGGGAUAAUAUCAAAACAAUGUAUCUUCUCCUACCUUCCUUAACAUCCCCACAGUAUGUGGGCACAGGAAUGGCACCUAGACUUUGGUUUAGGAUUGGGCAUUGAAGGAAAGCGGGGUUCUUGUACCUUUAACAACUGUGCAGCAGGCAGACAUUCAACAGGUUAAGCAUUUUCUAGUAUGGAAGUACAAUUACAGGAGAAGCUUCUCCUGGGCUCAUCUUGUCUGUCACACAUUUCAUUCCAUGUAUAGCUUAUUUUUGGGCGGUCCACUCCACCUGCUAAAGAAGGCACAAAUCUGCACGUGACACAAGCCAUAAUUACGAGGUGUAUUGUAGCAGCACACACUCUGUGCGUAUACUUUUUAAAGAGAUGGAAUCUUAACAUACUGCUUCCGCUGGCAAAUAGAGAGGAUCAUAUGCAUAUUUAGGGUUGGUUUUUCAGGCAGAGGAUCACACUGAUAUGUAGUGCCGGGAGGAGGGGACUUCAAAUGUACAUGUUACCUCUGGAUCUUGCAGAGUCUUAAGAAGGACCUGCACAAGGAACAGAGGAAACUGCCUUAUACCUAGCCAGACCAAAAGGCCAUCUCAUGUAGCAAUGUUUACACUGACUGGCAGCUACUCUCCAGAGUUUCAGAGAGGAAGCCUCUCCCAGCCCUACCUAAAUAUGCCAACGAUUGAACCUAGAACUUUCUGCAUGGGAAAAAGAUGCUCUAACCACUGAGCUAUGCCCUUUCCGCCCAAGAGAGAUAAGACAGCAGCACCUGCCUUCUGCUCUCCCGCUGGAUGGCUGGAUGGAUUGGGCCCAGAAACAGAAGUGAGCAGGAAGCGAUGUCUUGGAGGAGGAGGAACAGUGGGCCCACCAAGGGUGCCUUGCCCAAGCUGCAGGGGUGGCUGGUGCCCCCUGGGACUGGUAGGGCGGAAGAAAAGGAGCCCAACAGCAGGUGGCGCCAGAGCCAAUGGCAGGCUGGGCCACCCAAUUCCCGUCUCCUCCCAGUGCCCUUCUCCCAAGGCAACACUGAGGCCAAGGAGGAGGGAGCAAAUGCCACUCACUGGACUGGCUGUAAGUCAAAAAGACAGGCAGGUGAGGACUAGCUGAGGGCAGGUUCAACCUUAGCAUAGAAAUAUCCCUCAACCAAAACCCCUCUAGAACCACGGCCAGUCAGUAUAGAUUGCACUGAGCUAGAUGAACCAAUGUCCUGACUCGCUGUCAGGCAGCUUCUUAUCUCUGCUCUUGUUUUCCUGCUUUAAAUAGGACCUGGAAACAGACUGGAAGCCACUGCAGCUACUAAUAUCCUAGCACAUUCCACCCGUGCCUCUCUUUUGGGGAAAGGGCUGUGGAUCAGGGGCAGAACAAGACCCUUGCAUGCAGAAGGUCCCGGGUUCCAGUCCUGAUAUCCCCAGGUAGGGGCUGCCUGAACCCCGGAAAGCCACUGCUAGCCAGUGCAUACAUUUCUGAGCUAGAUGGGCCAGUGGGCCUGACUCAGUUUAAGACACUUUCCUUCCUAAGCUGCUACCAAAGGAAGCAAAACAACAAAAUUAGCAUUGUUAUUAAUAAAGUUAUACUAUAUGUUUAUUGUUAGCCUGUACUGCAUUGCAAUCCUUUUAAAGCACAACAUUUUCCAGUUUGGGCUCUGCUGCUGGUGCUCUUGCCUUGAUUUCCAUCGAAAGGAGACUUCCCCUAUAUUAUUAUUAUUAUUAUUAUUAUUAUUAUUAUUAUUAAUUUCUAUGCUGCCCUUCAUCCGAGAAUCACACAGCGGUUUGCAAUCGGAAAACACAAGAAUGCAUUCCGUAACUAUCUGUUGCACUUCCCUCUCCUCUCCCCUUCCCCGAGCGAGGGACCCUCGGCUCUUGCACCCCUCUCGGCACCCCCCCCCCGCCGCCGCCGCCCCCAACACACGCACGAUGGCACCCUCCCACCUCCCUCUCUUCUAGCCUCUUUGCACACCUGCAAAGCAAUAAACAAACGCUCCCCCCCCCCUCCCGUCCACACACCCGCUUUGCUUUUGUGAUGCAGCUGGUGGGCAGGUUGCAGGGAGAGGCGGGGGCGCGAGGCAAGGGCUGCCCCUGGGUGGGGAAAAGGGAGAGACGAGAGGGCUUGGGGAGGAGGAUCCCCCUUCUCUGGUCCUUGCAAAGGGUUGCGGGGGGGGGAGCGGCGUUGUGUGCGUUGCAGACUUGCGGUGUGUGCGGCGGGGUGCCGGGGACGCGAGAGCUGAGCCUGUGAUCCCGCCCGGCGCCGGAGCAGCCGCCGCCGCCGCCGCCAAAGCAGAGCCGCCGCCUCCUCCUCCCUCCUCCUCCCUCCUUCUUCUUCUUCCUCCUUCGGCAAUGCAGGGCUAUCCAUCCUGCGCAGGCGGUGGUUGCUGAGCAAGGACCCGCCGCAGGGGAGCGGGGGGGACGCGCAGAGGGGUGAGCCGGAGAGACCCCCAACCCUGACGGUGGUGCCUGGCGGGUUGGGGUGGGGGGAAGAGAGGGAGGGAGGGAGGCGGAGGAGGCUGCGGGGAGGGGGUGGUGUUGCAUGGGGGAGAGGAGCGGCGGGGGGAGGGCAGGGAGGAGGGGAAAGGAGGGAGGGAGGGAUGCCUCCCACAGAUCUCCCCCACCCCACUUUUACUUUCUGCAGUUCUUCGCUUUCUGUCUGUCUGCAGCCCCCCCCAUCCCCAUCAUUCCUAGGCUCAUCCGCAGAUCGGCUCGGCUGCCUUUCGAUUCUCAUGCCCCCCCCCUAAUUCCUAACCCACCCACCCACCCCCAAUUUGAUAUGGUGACCCUGAAUUUUUAUGUCCCCUAAUUCAUUGCCUAGCUCCAUCCCUCUCAAAUCUGGUUAGAUGUCUCUUAAUAGUGUCUGUUAAAAAGGUCUCGUCUUUAUAUAACAUAUUUAAGCCCUGGCACUUGUCUGGCUUUCUUUUGUUAAUAUGCACCCUGUUAUUCUUAACCUCCCCCAGCAGCACCAUCUGUCUGGGCCCCUAUUAAUUCCUAACCCUAAUAUAAACACACACACAGACUCUCCCUCCUCAGAUCUCUUGGGCUGCCUCUGAAUGUCUUAUGGGUGUCCUUUGAUUCCCAUGUCCCCUAAUUCAGUAUGCCCAGGUGUUCCUGAAUUCUUUACCUUCCUGUCCCAAAUCUGUUUGGGUGUCCUCUGAUUCCUGUUCUCUGCCCCCAAACCAGCACCUUCGUUAAGAUGCGUACACAUUUGUCUGUGUUUACCUUUUGCUAACCAGCAUUGCAUGGGACGGACACACACACACACACACGUUUGUGUGUGUGUGUGUGUAUGGAGAACGAGUGUAAAGGGCCACUGUCCCUUUGCAAAAUGUCCCAUUUUUCCGUGGUCCUUCCUUAUUGCACUAUGCCUGGCACUGCCCACCUACCCUGCAUCCCCAAGAAUGCAUGCUCAAGAUCUGGUUUUCAUGGGUGAAAGAGACAGCCACCCCCACAAUAUACAUUUCCAACAACUUCAGUCCCUAGUCCAGAUCCCUCUGUCCAAAGGCAGAGGCUAUCAGGCAACUCUUGAGUAGCAAAAUCAGGCCCUUUUCCUUGCUUCUCUAGCACUAUCGAUAAUAUCCUGUCAAACAGCCUCUGGAUCCUUUCCCUUGUGAAUUCUUUCUGCAAAUGCAUCCCCAUGGUACCCCAAUAAAUCAGGAUUGUCCCCUCUCCUACACAGUCACACAGCACCCUAUACGCUCUUCCAGCACUCUUGCUGUUUCCAGGGAACACCAGAAGCUGUCUUAUACUGAGCUAGAUGGUCAUUAUUGCAGACACUGACUGGCAGGGGCUUUCCAGGAUUUCACAUAUCUCCAGCCCUACCUGGAGAUGCCAGGGAUUGAAUAUGGGACCUUGGCAAGCAAAGCAGUUGCUCUACCACUGAGCUACAGCCUGCUCCUUAGUGGGGGCAGGUAUACUGGGGUACCAUCAUGGACAUCCCAACUCUUUCUACUUCUCCUAAACAUAUUAAACACAUGUCCACCCCCUUCAAGUUAUGUACAUCAUCUCUUAAAAUGCAACCUUCUUAACUUCCCAAUAAAGCAGGAUGCGGCCCUCUCCUUUCUCACUCACCACAUUUGACAUUAAACCCCAUUCCAGUCCCUUAGAAACCCUGAGAGCCCCCGUGUUUGUGCACAACUCCAUUGGACAUUAGUUCCCUAUAUUUGUUGCACUGAUCCCCCCCGCCAAGUUUUAAUGAUAAUUAUUUUAUAGAUAUAUUUUCUUUUUAAUAGUUUUUUUUUAAUUUUAGCUGUGUUUUUAUCUACAGUUUUAUUAUGUAUCCUGUUUAGAGGCCUAUUUGAGUAAGUGGUUUAUAAAUCUUUCUAAGUAUUUUUUAAACAACAACAACAGCUAUGCCCCUCUAAACAGGAAGAACUUGAUCCAUUCUCCCACUGCACAGCUUAGAUCCUACAGAUUUUCAUCUACAUACCCACUCUUACCAGAACCACUGCUCUAGAAUAUCCUGGUGUAGCAGACCCUCCCCCCCCCCCUUAAGCAGAAAACCUCCCCUUUCUGUGCUUAAGGGGGGAGAAAACCCUAUGUCUCAAAGCUUUCCAGAAGAUGCAUGUACAAUACUGCACCUUGUGUGACCUGGAAGUCUUGGCCCUUAAUCUGAGAGGUGGACAGGUUCAGUAGAAAGAGACCCUGCACAUGCAAAGGUUCACAGAGACUUCCCCUUUGAGGGCUUUAGUCUCACACACCCAUCCUGCUUGACCUCAAGAUGCAUAAAUCUCUACAUUCCUUGAUCUACAAAUCCUCUUGAGUUCUUUUUAAUUUCUGUUUGCCCUUCAGUUUUGCACAUACAAAGAGCUUUUCAAAAAUGUUCACUGGCCAGGCAUCUCUGGAUACCCUGUCCCACUAAGUUUCCUCUGUGUCUCUGAAUUUGCCCCAGGGAUCCUGACACACAACCGUUCUUCAAGAUUUAAUUCUCCCCCUCACACUCUGCUCUACACACCCAGAGUCCUUGGCUCCAUAGUUAUUGACAAUACAGUUCUCUAUAGAGGCUUAGCACCUCCACCUCCUACAGCCUCCAGAAAUGCUGCUUCCUAGCCUAGAGAGGGUGGAAAAAAUGGCGGGGGGGCGGGGGCGGGAAUCAGUGUAUAAUCUCAUAAUUCAGAUUAUUUGUGUAACCUUCUGAGCAGUGGAUAUUGCUGGAUUCUGGGUUUAUUCUUUUUUAGUUCUACAGGGUAUCACGUGAUGGACAUUUGUGCAAAAUGUAAUUAUUUACAGUCUUGCCUGAGUUCCAGAAUCAAAGCUGGUACUACCUUCCUGGAUGUAUCUGAGUAAUGUUUUUGAGACCAUGUCUGUUUGUGGGGAGUUUGAUUAAGAGAUUGCACCCAGGGCAGUUUACAAAUUGGUUAGAAUGUCUGACUUAACAUCUCUGUAUCUAAACAGAUAAGACUAAGGCCAUCUUCACCCCUUAACUAUAAUUUAUAUACUGUAUUGGGUGGUUGGCAACAUGCAGGUUGGCCACUAAAUAAGUAAACCAAUUACCUUCAUACAAUGAGAUAUUAAUGCAUUUCUUUGCAGUACAGUACUUAAAUCAUUAACUAAAACUUGUUUUAAUGAAAAAUAUGCGGAGACGCACUUAAGACAUACCCUCCAGUUUAUAUAUCUGUGCUACAUCCUGGUAUUAAAAAGAAUAUAGGAUUCUAUCCCGUUAGACCUGCAGACCCAUUAAGAUUAAUGGACACAGAUAGGCCCAGUAAUUCCAGCGGGUCUACUCUGCGUAGGACUCGGGGGGGCACCUGUGCUAUACAUACCCCCUUUGACAGCCAAGGCUUUCCCCCCAAAGAAUCCUGGGAACUGUAGUUUCUUAAGGGUGCUCUGAGUUGGAUCCCUAUCCUCCACAAGGAGCUGCGGUUUUCAGAGUUCUUGGGGAAGAAUUUGUUGCUAAACCAUUCUGCGAAAUAUAGUUCUGUAAGGGGAAUAGCGGGCUUGCUAACAACUCUUAAUGAACUACAGUUCCCAGAAUUCUUUGUUUAAAGCAGUAUGAUGAUGCUUCAGCUGUAUUGUGGAGAUGGGGCCUUAGUGGGAUGCAACCCAUUCCACACUGCAAGGCCUAGGUGAGGCCCAGCUCAAAUUUGUUUGGUUUGUUGUGGUGGUUGUUAAAGAAGACCCAUUUUUGUGUAGGCAUGUCUUUCCGUGUGUGUGUGUGUGUGUGUGUGUGUGUGUUGGGGCAUUAUGUGUGUGCAUGUGUGAACUAGCCCCACGAGCCCGGAAUCAACAGGAUCGGGGGCGCGGGAAGGAGCCAGCUACAGGAUUUCAAUGAACCACAAGUGGGUUCCUCCAGCAGCAGGGACCAGGAUGGAGCCGAGAGUGUUGCCAUGGCAACAGGGAGGCAUAAAAUAUCUGAAAUGCUGCUGUGGUAACAGUACGGACGGAGGUAGUUUAGGGCUAUCACCAUGGCAACUUUGGGGGGGGGUUGCUGCUGCUAAGGGUCAGGACUGUCACCUUAGAAACCUGGAGAUGCUAGAGGUGUUUACCAUAUGGCUCCUUUGAACACUGGGCCCAAAACCAUAGAGGUCAGGGAGUGCCACCCACGGCAACUGAUGGGGAGCCGUCAAGCGGGCGUUGCUAUGACAAUGCAAGGGCGAGAUGCAGUAUGAAUAUGGGAUGCGGUCCUAAUGGGCAUCUGAGCAUGUGUAGAGUCCCUACAGGAGGGAGGCUAUAAUCCAUGUCCUCCUACUAUAAAUGAAGCUGAAGUCCUAAACACAUUUACCACAGAGUAAGGCCCCUUGAACUCCAUGGGAUUUACUUCUGAGUAUUUUAUUUUACUUACAAUAUUUACGUACAACUUUUUGAGCAGAUCUCACAAAUCUUUUACGUAAGAUUAUUACAACUAGAAGCAUUUAUUUAUUUUUUAAAGAAGAAAUUGCAAUAGAAUGGAAAAGACAACUUGGUUGCUUAGAAAAAACUGCUACUACUUCUUCUCCCCUCCCCUUAGGGCAAGUUUCUUCUGCAGAAGCUCCUGUGGUGACAUUUGGGGGGGAGGGAGAGGGGCUGCUAUGGGAGCUGGAGGGUGGCAGGCCCUCAAACUACUUCCUUCAGUACUUCCUCCUCUCAAGCCAGAUGGGCCUUCAGGCACAACCAGGCAUGCACUGGGUUGUCUCUAGCUAAAUAAUAUUCAGAGUAGACCCAUAGACCUGAAUGGACCUAAGUCAAAAUAAUAUCCACUAUUUUUAAUGAAUCUAUGUAGGACUAACAUGAGGUACAACAGGGUUGCAAUGGAUCUUUCCUUUUGUUCUCUGAUAAGGAUCAUGCAAGUGCAUUGAUUGUGCUUUUUAUUACUCCUCCUCCUUCCUCCCAUUACAUAUCAGACAGGGACUUCUCUGUUGUCUUUUGGGGGCCUAUGGAAGACCUUCCUUUUUCCAACUUGUCGUUUAAGUGGAGAUUUUUUUUUAAUCCCAGUCUGUAACUGCAUUGAAUUUGGCAUUGUUUUUAUACGUGAACUUGUUCUAGUUAUGAAAUAUAUCUAUAUUGUUAAUGUUUCAUUGUUAAACUGCCUCGAUAAGUUUCAUACCAAGCGACUCGUAAAUGAUUUUUAAAAAAUUAUUCUUAACAACCAUAUUCGUAUGGCUGAAGUGAGAAGAAGCACUCUCACAACACUUUGAUAAUCAUGGCUUCCCACCCCAAAGAAUCAUGGGAACAGUAGUUUGUUAAGGGUUCUGAAACUUCUUAGGAGACCCCCUCACAGAGCUACAACCCCCAGCACCUUUGAACAAAUGACAGUUCCCGGGAUUCUUCGGGAAGCCAACCAGUGAAAUGAGAGUGCUUUAAAUGUGUGGCAUUCUUCUUCUUUGGCGAUUACUCGUAGCUGAGUAAGAUUGUCUUCCAUGAAAACGGUCUUAACAGUGAGUCCGUAAGUGACUGUGAAGGCCAAUUCUGGAUCCACACAUCCUUCCACAGUGGGGACAUAGGUUUCCAGGCGGGAGUUGAUCACGGUGUGGGUUUGCCAAACGUGCAUUUCUCCCUUUUGUCCUGAGUUUGAGCGACUUCAAAUUCCAUGACACCUUUGGUAAAGGCUGAUCUCCAAUUGAAGCGCUCGCAAGCCGGUGUUUCCCAAUUGUUGGUGUUUAUACUACUUUUUUUUUAGAUUUCCCUUUAGAGAGUCUUUUGUUGACCACCAGCAUUACACUUUCCAUUUUUAAGUUCGGAAUAGAGUAGUUGCUUUGGGAGAUGAUAAUCAGGCAUCCGAACAACAUGACCAGUCCAACAAAGUUGAUGUUGAAGAAUCAUUGACCUGCCUUCUCUGUGCUUACAGGAUGGUGUUAGAAGGAAGCCCUGAAGCAGUGAGCUCCCAGUCACUAGAUCUCCGGCGAGCUUGCCCCAAAAGCAGCCGCAUUUAUCCCUCUCCAGGGGACAGUAUCCUGUUGACCAAGGAGCCAGUGAAGUACGGGGAGCUGAUCGUGUUGGGGUAAGUGAAGGGAACCCUUUCUGCCAGCAGUCCCCCAUGCAGACCUGGACACAUUUUUUUAGUGCUCAGCUCUGGAACAUGAAAUAAAAAGAAGCUGAUGAGCAGGAAGCCUGAGCAUGUACAGAGUACAUUUCUCUCACCACUGAGUAAAAAUAGCCAUGUACUUCCAAGGUUAGUGGGUGAUGACCUUCAGAUCAGAUAAUUUGUCUCCCAGGCAGGCUUGAACCCCGAUCAUACCUCUUUUAGAAGGGGUUCAGAGACACUGUUAUAACCAGGCCUGCAUAGCAAGCAUCUAACCAAGCCAAUUGCAACUCAUUGGAGACCCCGUAAAGAUAAUGGUUUUGCUGGAUUAGGAACGUAAGAAGAGCCUGACGGCUGGAUCAGGCCAAAGGCCCUUCAUAGUCCAUCAUCCUAUACUCACAGUGGCCUUUGCGAAACCCAAAAGUCAGAUCUGAGUAUAAGAGCUGUCUCCCCACAACGGGCACCCAAAACUAUACCGCCUCUGACAGUGGAGGCAUUUGCAAAGCUUUGCAAACAACAAAAGGGCAUUUCUCAAACACCCAAAACGCUAGCCAACAACCCUUCACCAGGGCCUGUUCUUUAUGAAUCGGGUUCAAGAUAUCUCUCUAUGUUGCAGAGGCUGCUUGGGAAGUGGAUUUAGGAUUUUUAACAAAACACAGGCUGCAAAAAGAAAUGGAAGGGGGGGAGUGGGUGUGCAGAUUAAUACUUGACACUUCCAAACUGUUGCUAUAUUCAUGUGGGAUUCGAUCACAUAUGGGCAAAUUCAGGUCGUGGAACGAUGGGAAGUCUUGCACAACACAAUCACUUCCCCAGAAGAUCAAACCUUUUGCCAAUAGGAAAAUGAUGGGAAAACAUGAGAAAGGGUGGGAUAACCCUUGCUUUGAUGCAACUUCAUCUAAUCUCUAUGGAAAAAGAUAACAAUGAAUGCUCAUCAAAUAGCUAAGACAAGAAGUCCAGUCUCCCUGCAAGUGAAUCAGUAUGAAUGCUCAGUAAACAGAUCAUCUGGAAGUGCCUGCGGUUGUGUUUGUCCACUAGACUUGAAAGCAGCCUUUUCACAAAGGUGGGCCUCAAAAAUAGAUAUAUUUUAAAGAACACUAGAUAUUUGAAAUCCUGAACUCUCAUCAAGUUGAAUUGAUGUGAUGCUCUAUUUUACUCUGUACCAAGUACAGACAAACAAACAGAUCCAUUGGCCUCUCCCAACACAGGUACAAUGGCUCCUUGCCCAAUGGUGACAAGGGCCGCCGCCGCAGCCGAUUGGCCCUGUUCAAGAGGCCGAAACCCAAUGGAGUUAAACCAGAUGUCAUCCACCACAUCUCUACACCGCUUGUAUCCAAGGUGAGUCCAAAGCCCCUUCCUAGCCACCAGGAAUACUCUUCUGCUCAUCAGACCACUCUGGGCUUCAAUGGGGGGGCCAUUUUGUGCAAGGACCAUAGUGUGGUGAUAGAGCACAUGCCUGGCAUGCUGAAAGUCUCAGAUUCAGUCUCUGACAUCCUCCAAGUAGGACAAGGAAGGCUCUGGAGAGCCACUGUCAAUCAUUGUGGGCAUGGCCAAGAUAGAUGGACCAAGGGUCUUAUUUGUAAUAGGGCAGCUCCCUGCUAUUUUUUUUUAUGCCAGAAUCUAGUCCUGGAAAAGAUUUAUGACUCUAAGCAUGUGUAAAGUGCAUUUCUGUCCCAAUACGUAGGGCUGCCAUACGUCCAGGAAUCAGUCUGUCAAAAUGGCGUCCAUGCAGAUGUUUGCCGAAUCAGCAAAAUGUCUGGGGAAACCCAGACGUAUGGCUCAACAACUUUUCACUUUUAGGAAUAUGGCAACCCUAGAAUAAGGAAAUAGAGACAAAGCUGUCUUGACUCUCAUCUGAAACCCCAGAAAGCUGCUGCUGGUCAUUAUAGACAAAUUGGCUUAGAUGGACCAGUGACCUGACUUGGUUAUAAAGAAGCUUCUUAUUGUCUCUAUUUAAAUCAGUUCUUUAUUCGGAUUCAUGAGGACUGGAAUCUUACUUUCUUUUUAGAGGCAGGGCUGGAGCUCAGUGGCAGAGCAUCUGCUUUGUAUGCAGAAGGUCCCUGGUUCAAUCCCUGACAUCGCCAGGUAGGGCUGGGGAAUGACCCUGUUUGAAACCCUAGACAGGUUCUGCCAGUCAGUGUGAACGAUAACAAUCCAGUUAGAUAAAUGAUCUGACUCAGUAUAAGGCACCUUCCUGUCUUCCUCUGUGCAGCUGGGCUUUAGGAAUGGGAUACAAGCCUCUUGCUCUUUGAUCAGGCACUGAAUCUAGUCCAUGUAUCAUUAGAAAGGGAACAGGGAAUCUCAGAGGCUCGGUGCUGGGAUUGAGGUGAUGAGUUUAGCUCUGGAGAGGAGCUUUAGAUGGGUCCCACAGCUGUUUAUUUUAUUUCUUCUGCCCAACAGGCACUGAGUAACAAAGGCCAGCACAGCAUCUCAUACACACUUUCCCGAAGCCACUCUGUGAUCGUUGAGUAUACUCAUGACUGCGAGACCGACAUGUUCCAGGUACCUAUGACCCUGGCAGCAGAAACAGGAAUGCCAUCCUCUUUGGGUGACUAGGUGCCUGUGCCUUCAGCAGAUGUCUGAUGUAUGAGGUUUUUUUGUGCCACAUAUACUUUUUAUUGUGCAUCUAUGAUGAUUUGAACUCAUGAUGGUUAUACGCAAUGACACUUUCAAUACUGUUUGAACCUGCAAAUGUUUCGGAGUGGAUGUACUGAGUAAUUUCCAAGCAACACAUGUCCCAUAACUUCCUGCUGAAAACCUGUGUGAGCCUUGGCAGGUGCCCAGUGGUGCCUACCACCAAUGCUGGCUAUGAUUUCAUGCCCUGUGGAUAUUGCAUCAGAUUGUUGUUUUAAUAUCUGCUUCAGUGAGGCUCUGGAGAUUCCAGAGAUGGUGGCAGCCUUGGCACCACUUUUCCCUUUGUCAUUUAGCUGAAAUACCUGUUGUGUUCUGAUCUUGCGCAGGAUGCUAGGAAGAAGGCAGCAGUGCUUAGGCGAUGGCACCAAUGUGAGUCCUGACUCUGGCCUCUGGUGGUACAGGAAGUCCUUCUGGAGGCCCCCGUCUGAGGCCCAGCAGUCUCCAGCAGCUGAAUCAGAGCCCUGAGGUGUGUCCAGCUCCCCUCGCUGGUGCCUCCACAGCCUCCAUCUGUGGCUGGAUCACUGCUGGAUUCUGGAGUCAUGACAAUACCACUGAAAUAGUUUUCAACUCAUUUGGAAAUGCAUUUCUUCAAGCCUCAGGUGUGGCCAGGAUGUUUUGUUCCUGUGCUGGCUAGUUACUUCAUGAACAGAUGUGAACCAAAGCUAUUAUUGAGAGCGCAAGGAAAUUAAUACAGAUAUCCGAUUGUUACCUAGACCAAGGAUGAGGGGCCUGUGACUCUCCAAUGGAUGUUGGACUCCAACUCCCAGCAUCCCUCACUGUUGGCCAUGCUGGGAGUUGGUGUCCACGAACAUCUGGAGAGCCACAGGUUCCACGUUCCUGAUGCAGACUGACAAAACAUCUUCUGGAGAUGGGACAUUAAUAAGGGUCCCUCUCAUCAAUGUAAGGCCUUCCUGACUUCUCUGCAUCCGUUUGUGAUAUUUCAGGAUUUUUUGACAGGAGAAAAUGCUAUCUUCCUGAAACCGAGAUGGCAAAAUCACAAGUGUACAAUGGAUGUGUUCGCGAAGCAAACACCAGCGCACUGUUUUUGCCUUUCUGAACUCUCUCUGCCUCCUUUCUUCCCAGAUUGGCCGCUCCACAGAGAGCAUGAUUGAUUUUGUGGUGACGGACACGACCCCAGGGGCCAACUCAGCCAUCGAUGGUCAGUCGGCUCAGAGCACCAUCUCUCGCUUUGCCUGCCGUGUCAUCUGCGAGAGGAACCCUCCGUACACAGCACGCAUUUACGCUGCUGGCUUUGAUGCCUCCCGCAACAUUUUCCUUGGAGUGAGUGAGUCACCAGCACGACUGUGUAUGUCUUUGCGUACGUGUGGUGGAAUGGAAAAGUCUUUGGCUUCCAAAGGAGGACAGCACACCUGUGUGAUACGCAAAUAUUCACUUUGGUGCAGUUUCCCACAACAUGAUGGUGGACGGGGACAUCCUAAUCGGUGCCAUUUCUGCCUGUCACAUAACUUGGCUCACUUGCACCAGCCAGCAGGAGGCAGUUGCUCUGUAAGCAACUCCCUGCAGUGCAUCUGCUUGCCAUUUCCCCUUGAGGCCUCCUGCCUUAUUGCAGCCUGUGAGGGGGCACACAGAGAAGGGCCUCUAAUGGCGUUAGACCACCCUUCGUCCCCAAAAAUGGAUUUCUAAAUGAUAUUCAAAGAGACCUGUCUGGCCUGAGCUGGAUAUAAAUGCCCUCUUAGUCGUCCACUUUUUUUCUGGCCUUGAGAAAGUGAUCUUUCUCUGCCUUUUCCUUCUCUUCUCCUUUCCUUGUGCGUCAUCUUUUUAGUUUUUAAGUCUGAUGUAGCCUCUCUCCCCACACACCUUUAUGUGUCUCUCUCUGUCUUUAUUGAUGUGAGCUGCUUCCAGAUCCUCAGUGUAGGGAUCGCUCAUGCCUCUGGCCCUCCAGAUCUCUUUCUUUGGUCCUUGGGACCUUCCUGAGGCAACAUCCCCUUCCCUGACCACACCUCUCACUUUCCUUGAACUGUAGUCAUGCCUCUUUCUUGCCUGGAUGAAGAGGUUGCAGAAACCUCUGGUUGUGUGUGUGUGUGUGGAAUGUAGCCUACCGUACAAAGGUAAAGAUUUACAUCUGUUUCUCUGACCACUUUUGUCUCUUGCUCUGCCCUCCCCUGGCAUGUGACGGCUGGCAGGCUGCCCACGAGUGAGCGCGGCCCGCCCGCCUAAAAUGGUUCCCCACCCCUGCAGUGAAUAAGCAAGGCUCAUUCAAUUCAGUAGGACAGCCUCCGAGUAGACACGGUUGGGAAUGCGGCCUAAACAAAUAAUUUCCAAGGGCAAAUGCGUUCCAAAGCACAACCAAAUACACCGUCAAGUGAAGAGAAAUAAAAGCAUUCAACCAGACAAAAAUAACCUUAAUCUAAAAUGGCUGGGUGAACAAACACAUUUUAGCCUGGAGCUGGAAAGGAAUAUGGUGUCAAUGCCGGGCGGAGCUCCCUUGAGGGGGCAUGAUAGCUCAGUCGGUUAGAGCGUGGUGUUGAUAAUGCCAAGGUUGCAGGUUUGAUCGCCGUAUGGGACAGCUACAUAGUCCUGCAUUGCAGGGAGUUGGAUGAGAUGAUCCUCAGGGUCCCUUCCAACUCUACAUUUCUAGGAUUCUAUGAUAACGAUUGCCAGUCAUGGGUAGGUAUGUGUGGGAAGAGGUGAAACCAGCACUUUGAAUUGGGCCAGGAAACAGACUGCAACCGGCGGGAGGCAGGGGAUUGUUGAUGAGAGAAACUGUGCUUUGAAUAAGCCUGGCUGGAACUGGUUAGGACUCUGCAGGGCAAUCCUGUUUCCACGUUCAAAGGCCCCUAGGACAAGUCUUGCCCCCACAUCCCCCCUGCCCAAGCGGUGCUGUGAUGCCAGUCUCUGGGUUCAUUGGCAGGAGAGGGCAGCCAAGUGGAGGACUCCUGACGGACUGAUGGACGGGCUGACGACAAACGGAGUGCUGGUGAUGCACCCCAACGGUGGCUUCAGCGAGGACUCCACGCCGGGUGUAUGGCGCGAGAUCUCCGUGUGCGGGAAUGUGUAUGCCUUGCGGGACAGUCGCUCAGCGCAGCAGCGGGGAAAGCUGGUACGUGGGGAGAGGAAGCCCAGGCAAGGCACCCUGCAGGACCAAGGAGAGGCUCUUGCCCUACUGAGGACCUGUGGCUCAGUGGCAGAGCACCUGCUGGUGUGCAGAAUGCCCCAAGUUCAAUCCCUGGCAUCUCCAGGAAGGAUGGGGAGACACCCUGUCUGAAACCCCAAAAGCAGCUUCCUAUUCUCCUAUUUAAAUCAGUCCUUUAUUCAGAACCUUGAGGACUGGAUCUGUUCAUUAUUUUUUAAGGGGAAGGGCCAUAGCUCAGGGUCAGAACAUCUGCUCUGCACACAGAAGGUCCCAGCUUCAUUCCUUGGUAUCUUCGGGAAGGGGUAGGAAACAGCGGCAGACCUACAUUUUUGGGGCCCUGACGCUUGAGCUGUUAUGGGGGCCCCUUCACAACCAGCAACCAGGUCCAGCAAACUGCUGUUAUCAUCUACAGUGGGGUUGUUCCAUGACAGAUUGCCACAAUUUUUUGAAAUAUUUAACUCCUAUAUCUCAGAUUUUGAUUAAAAUUGUUGUAGUGAAUUAUCUCACAUGUCAAAGUCGCUGGUGUGAAUAAAAAAAUAAUAUGACAUAGUUUUUGAGUUAUGGGGGGUGAAAAUUAGGGAAAUUUUAUAUAUGUGCAGGAUGCAUCAUCAAAUGAUGAAAUUGGGUCUACUAGACAAAGCAAUGUAGACUAAAGUUGCUUCAGGGCCCCUCUGAAAAGUCAAACUAAUCUAAAUAAGAUAAAAAGGAAAGAAGCAAGAAUAAGCAAAGGGAGAAACUAAGGAAGAAGAAAGAGAAGAGAAAGAGAAAAUAAACACAAGGCUCUGUACCACAAUUAUAUCUUAACCCUUAUUCCACACAUAGAAGAGUAAAGUCUCCCAGCUCUCAUCUGGGAGCUUCACCCUCUUCCCCCAGCCUCCCACCCCCUGGAGUUCCUCUCUACCCUGCCCCUCAUACUGGGCCUUUCACAGACCCUCCAAGUGCCCCUCUUUUCCAGGGACAGUCCUGGAUUUACAGAAGCCAUCCUGGUUUCUGAUUUGAUCCAGGAAUGUCCCGCUCUUCCUUAGGACGUCCCUAUUUUCAUCAGAGAAAUGUUGGAGGGUAUGCUUUCAUCUUCUGUCCAUCCCCUUCCAUCGCAAAUAAUAAUAAUAAUAAUAAUAAUAUAAUUUAUUAUUUAUACCCUGCCCAUCUGGCUGGGUUUCCCCAGCCACUCUGGGCGGCUCCCAACAGUAUACUAAAAACACAAUAAAAGAUCAAACUUCAAAAACUUCCCUAAACAGGGUUGCUUUCAGAUGUCUUCUUAAAGUCAGAUAGUUGUUUUUCUCUGACAUCUGGUGAGAGGGCAUUCCACAGGGCGGGUGCCACUACCGAGAAGGCCCUCUGCCUAGUUCCCUGUAACUUCGCUUCUCGCAGUGAAGGCCCUCGGAGCUGGACCUCAGUGCCUCUUCUGACAUCUCUCUCUCUCCCCCCACGGCCAGGUGGAGUCUGAGUCCAACGUGCUCCAGGAUGGCUCGCUCAUUGACCUGUGCGGGGCCACCCUGCUGUGGCGGACCUCGGAGGGACUCCUGCGCACCCCAACCCUGCAGCAGCUGGAGGCCCUGCGCCAGGAGAUCAACGCCGCCCGCCCCCAGUGCCCGGUGGGCUUCAGCACGCUGGCGUUCCCCAGCCUGGCGCAGCGGGGCGUGGUGGAGAAGAAGCAGCCCUGGGUCUACGUCAACUGUGGCCACGUCCACGGCUUCCACAACUGGGGCUUCCGCAAGGAGAAAGGGGGGCUGGAGCGUGAGUGCCCCAUGUGCCGCCGCUCGGGGCCCUACGUGCCUCUCUGGCUGGGCUGCGAGGCGGGGCUGUACCUGGACGCCGGGCGCCCCACCCAUGCCUUCUGCCCCUGCGGCCACGUUUGCUCGGCCAAGACUGUGCAGUACUGGGCGCAGAUACCCCUGCCCCACGGCACCCACGCCUUCCACGCAGCCUGCCCCUUCUGUGGCACCUGGCUGACGGGCCAGCAGGGGUUUGUCCGCCUCAUCUUCCAGGGGCCGCUCGACUGAGCUGGGGAGGGCGGGGGGCUGGCGGAGGGGAGGGGAGGGUGAGAUGGAAAAUAAACAGCAACAUCUGAGAACAAGGUCCGGCUCUUGGAGGCAGGUGCUCUGCGUGUGUGGUUCAAUGAAAGCAUCAUUUUGGUUCCCUGCCAACGGCUGCGAAACUUCCACCGUAUGUAAGGAUAUCCCAGGCAAUGCCAGUUCACAGAUUUUUUUUGGGGUGCGGUGGGGAUGUUGUUGGGCAAGAAGCCCCUCAUUGAGCCCUCUUCCCCCCCCCCGAAACCUCUAG